AUGGAGGAAGUCAUCAAAACUGAGUGUCUCCGUAGCUUAGCUCCAAACUGGAGUCUAGCUGGAGACAAAAAGCUUCUCUGUCUCUUACAAGAUAUUCACCAGAAAAUAAUGACCCGCUGUCAAGAAACAAGCUCAAAGUUAGAAGAGAUGAUGAUUGCACUUGAUGGUGCCAACAUCGACUUGCAGAAUGUCAACAACAAAUUCAUGGCCCUCAGUAAUAGUCAGUUUAUAGAGAGCAGAGUUUACGACGACGACUUGGAAGUCACCACUGAGGACAAAGUAACUAAGGCAGAGAGUGCUGUAACUCCUAACCAGGAUAUGACAGAGCUUGCCAAGCUAAAGCAGAGCCUGAAGGUCUUGGAAUCCAUGCAUGAAAGCGUCAGAAUUAUCGACAGCGAUAGUGAUUCUGAUUCGGAUGAGGUGGAUGGAAGAAUGGUAUUCAGGCCUAAGGAUUUAUACGCCGGGCGGCCUUUGCCUUACAUCAUUGGGUCGCAAGCUUGGAAAAAUAAAUGGCAUGCUGGCAUACUCGCCGAGGACAGCGACAGCGAUGAUACCACAUCGAAGCAAGACGACGAAGUGCCGGAGCAGUACUCAGAGUCGGAGUCCGAGUUGACGGACACGCGGACGGACAGAUUGGUUCAGCAGCAAAGAACAGUCUCGUCGAAUAGCUCUAUGGCGGACUCAGAGCCGAGCGCCCCAGCGGCACCUGUCACCCAAGCGAACAUAGCCGCCGAGUUGGCGCGGAAAUUGGGUGGGAACUUGCCCGAGAUCCCAGUUAGUACACCGGAUCUAGAGCCAGAAUCAGCUAAGCCGCCCACUGGCCCGUCACUAAUUUAUAAACCGCAAAACCCUCCAAUCUCAACAAUUUUCUUCGACGAGCCGCCACCCAUAGAUCAAUCAUAUCAAUCGGACAGGGAUGAUUACAACGACGAAGAAGACGACGAUAUUUUCGCAGAGCUGCACAAAACGAAACCGUCCUCCACUACGAACAAAGACCAAAGUCGGUUGAACGAGGAUCUUUUCGGCGAUUUUAAUAAUUCUCCUGAUAUCGCUAGUGAUUUAUUCGGUACCGAGAAAAGAGACUCCACAACUGCCCAGAUAAAUAAUGUUGAACCUGCAAAGGAAAGUGAUAAGAAACCCAUCGGCGGUAUCUCACUUUUCGGUUCUAGUAAAGGAACCGAAAGCAUCGGUGCUGCAAUCCUCAAACGGAAUCAACGUAAAACCUAUAGUUCAGAUGAAGAGAGUGAAAAGGGAAUGAUCAUAAAUAAACAGAAACCUACGAAAGAACCAGAGAAGGCAGAUGCAAAAAAUAAAGAAGAUCCAACGGGAAUAGUUGGUGAUGCCGAAACUAAAAAGUCUAUUGGUAAAUUGAAAUCAAUGAUUAUCAAUAUCGAUGUAAAUUCACUACUACCAGGAGCUUCCCCUAAAAAAGUUAAAGUUCUUGAACAAGUUGAUGGUCAAGUUGUGUCAUCAUCAAACGUUAACACAGGCAUCGAAAAAGGGGACGCGGAACCAAAACUUGUUAAAUCUGUCAGUUUUGAAGGUGAAGCAGAUUCAGAGUUGCUUGAUAAUAAGUUGUCUAAGGAACGAGCUAAAAUACAAGUUAAAAGGCGUCCGUCUACCAGAAGAGCUAGACGCGAGGCCGUUAAAAGGUCUGGUAUUGAUUUCGUGAGUGAAGAUGUAACAGAUAACUCCCAUAACAUUAAUAAUGUACAAGUCGCAACAGUUACAGGCGCAACUGAAAAUACAGGCAAAGAAACUGUUCAAGAUAUUGUUAAAGCUAGCAGGGAACAAAAUAUCAAAUCUAAAGUUGUAUACAUUUUGAACGAUGAAGAUAUAUUUUCGAAUGUAAACACAAAUUACACUGUUGGGCACAGUGGCGGAGCAGUUAUAUCAAAUAUAAAAGAAAAUUCGCAGAAACUCAAAACCGAUGUUAACAAAUCUUCUGACGAUGAUGAUAUUUUCAAAAAAAUCAAGGGUGCAAAACUCGUAAGCUCAACUGCAUUAAAUUUAACUGGAAAAAAAGAACAACAAACUAGUGACACUUUUGGCAAACCCGAUGAUGUAUUCCAAAGUAAAACGGACAGAGAAAACCAAAAUGUCACCAUCAAAGCCGUAAACAAUAUGGAAAAAAAUACAGCUUCUAUUUUCGAUAAUUUGAGUGAUGAUGAAACUGAACUAUUUCAAGGCAAGAAACCAUUUGCACAGAAAACGAAAAAUAUAUUUGGUUCGGAUAGUGAUGAAGAGCUUUUUGGGAUCAAUGCUAAAAAACCGGUUGAGCAUAGAGAAGACAUACAAAAAUCUACAAGUUUUAAAGUGGAGGUGAAAAAAUCACUUUUCGAUGAUGACAGCGAUGACGAUCUUUUCGGUAGAAAAUCCAGUAGUUCAGCUCAAGAAUUUAAAUUCGCAAGGUUACUUUCUGGCAAUGAGAAGAAAACACGCGAUCGAGUAUUAAAAGCAUUAAAAAAAUGGCUUUUGAAUUGCUUUGAAAAAAAUUAUGAAUUUAAGGAGGAUGAUUUUACUCGUGUUUGGAAAGGAUUAUUUUAUGCUAUGUGGAUGUCAGACAAACCUUUAAUCCAGGAAGAAUUGUGUGAGAGUAUAGCUGGAAUAUUGGAUUUAUUUCCAGUAGAACAAAUAAAACAUGCUGUUCUUAUGACUAAGGCUGGUUUCAAAGUGUUAGCCACAGAGUGGUAUGGAAUUGACCAGCAUCGUAUGGAUAAAUUUAUGAUGUUUGUGCGUCGUUUCUUACGUGGCAGCUUGCGGUGUCUCAAACGCUGUAAUUGGAGUCAGGAGAGUUGCAGUAUUUAUACAAAAAUGUUAACAGCAAGUGAUGGUAUAUUGGCUCUUAAAACACCAUCUUAUGCCCGUAACGCCAUGUCUAUGAUUCUCCAUUUUGUGGACUGCUUCCUUGAAGAGUUAGCUAAGGUGUCGAAGGGUGAAAUACCGGAUGAGAGCGUAGUUUGUCUGAUGCGUCCGUUCUCCGCUCAAGUGUGCGGGGGAGAAACUCUAGCGCUCUGCAUCGCCUCUCGGAGACUGCUCACCGCAUUGCUGCGUCAAAGCGAGCAAGGCUUGCAGUACGCAGAUGCUGAAAACGCUUGGCAAAACAUGGGCUGUCCGCCAGGGGGUCCGGAAGCUUUGGAGUUGGAAAUGGAGGAAGGCGACGAGCAAACAGACCCAGAAGACGAGGAAGAUUCUGAAAAGGUAUCAGCUUUGGACCCCCGUGCGGGUAAAGUCGACGUGAUACUGCCAUUGCUCCCAGUGCCUGCUGGUCUACUGGCAGAAGACAUGCGACGCCUCAUGGAGUCUACUUCUUGCGCGUCUAAAGCCUUCAAACGUGCCAAGAUCUGUCUGCAACGUUUCGAGCAGCUAAGCAAGAACGAGUACCCGCUACGCGUGAAAGAUUCGGACUUCCUUGCCGAAGUUGGGGAUAUGGCGCCGAAGCCUGAGCAAGUAGCCAAGAGGCUGAGAGCGCUCGAAAAGCGCUUAGUGACAGCUUCCGAUGAAUUGGCUCUGAGAGGUUUGAGCCGGAAACACCGUAAACGUCUUUUAGCCAAAAGCCGCGCAGGUUUGAGCAUAAUCGAGGAUGUUGCCAAAGCAGGCUUGGAAGUGCCCGCAGAGUCAACUGCUGGUGAUUGGGAAAUAGAAGUAGCGGAUGAGAAUAAGCAAACCAAAUCCAAAAAGGACACAUCAGAUAAGGAAAACCAAACUGCAAAUAAGAAGAGAUCGAACAGAAAAAGGAAACUAGAAUUGAAUGCAGAUAAAACAUCAACAGCAGCGAAAAAAGUUAAACCUGCGAAACCUACAGAGAUCCAAAAAAAUAAAGAGCGUAAAUCUAAAGAAGCAAUCAAUAUGGUGAAAAUCCACACUCCU